GCGAGCAAAGGCGCUGAGAGGGACGGAAACCACAAAUAAAUAGCGGCGGCGGCAGCGCGUCAUCUGGCGGAGCAGGAAGUGCAGGCAGAGUCCGGAGGCCGGUGCUCUCGGCGCGUCCCCAGGACUUUGCCAUGGGCUGGGGGCCGCGGAGACUGCGAGCGGCCGGGCCAGGGCAGCGGCGCCCAGCGCACCGGGGCUGAGCGAGCAGCGACGCGCGGGCCGUGGAGAUGGCAGCGUCCAGCAACUCCAGCCUGUCCGGCUCCUCCGUGUCCUCGGAUGCUGAAGAGUACCAGCCUCCAAUAUGGAAAUCAUACUUGUAUCAGUUACAGCAAGAGGCACCUCGUCCCAAGAGGAUCAUUUGUCCUCGGGAGGUGGAAAACAGACCAAAAUAUUAUGGAAGAGAGUUCCACGGGAUCAUCUCUCGGGAGCAGGCUGACGAGCUCCUCCGAGGCGUGGAAGGGGCCUACAUCCUCCGAGAAAGCCAGCGGCAGCCAGGGUGCUACACCCUAGCUCUCAGGUUCGGGAACCAGACCUUGAACUACAGGCUCUUCUAUGAUGGGAAGCACUUUGUGGGAGAGAAGAGAUUUGAAUCCAUUCACGAUCUGGUGACAGAUGGCUUGAUAACACUGUACAUAGAAACCAAGGCUUCUGAAUACAUUUCAAAGAUGACAACAAACCCCAUUUAUGAACACAUCGGAUAUGCCACUUUACUCAGAGAAAAGGUGUCCAGGAGGCUGAGCAGGUCGAAAAACGAAUCCAGGAAAGCGAGUGUUGCCAAUGAGGAACACUCAGCGGUGGAAAAGAUCUCCUCCCUGGUUCGAAGGGCCGCCCUCACGCACAACGACAACCACUUCAAUUACGAAAAGACACACAACUUCAAGGUCCACACGUUCCGAGGUCCACAUUGGUGUGAAUACUGUGCCAACUUCAUGUGGGGACUCAUCGCCCAAGGAGUCCAGUGCUCAGACUGUGGAUUGAAUGUCCACAAGCAGUGUUCCAAGCAUGUCCCCAAUGACUGCCAACCAGAUCUCAAGAGGAUCAAGAAAGUGUACUGUUGUGACCUCACAACCCUUGUGAAGGCUCACAACACUCAGCGGCCCAUGGUGGUGGACAUAUGCAUUCGAGAAAUUGAAGCAAGAGGAUUAAAGUCAGAAGGCCUUUACAGAGUCUCUGGGUUCACGGAACACAUCGAAGAUGUCAAAAUGGCAUUUGACAGAGAUGGUGAAAAGGCAGAUAUAUCUGCCAACCUCUACCCAGACAUAAACAUCAUCACUGGAGCCCUAAAACUAUACUUUAGAGACUUACCCAUUCCUGUCAUCACAUAUGACACCUAUUCCAAAUUCAUAGAAGCAGCAAAAAUCCCCAAUGCAGAUGAGAGGUUGGAAGCAGUCCACGAAGUGCUGAUGCUGCUGCCUCCUGCCCACUAUGAGACUCUCCGAUAUCUAAUGAUCCACCUCAAGAAGGUAACCAUGAAUGAAAAAGACAAUUUCAUGAGUGCAGAAAACCUGGGCAUUGUGUUUGGGCCCACCCUGAUGAGGCCCCCUGAAGACAGCACCCUGACCACUCUCCAUGACAUGCGGUACCAAAAGCUGAUUGUGCAGAUUUUAAUAGAAAAUGAAGAUGUUUUGUUUUAAUCCAUCAGGGAAAUGAGCUGGAUGGCCCCAGCCCUGACAAAGUUGAUAAGGCGAACGGAAUAAAAACAUCUCUUAUGCUUGAUUUGUUUUUUCAAGCAAGUGACAGAAUUUCUUGUACUGCAGAGGAUUGCCAAGUCGGGUACUGUGUCUUAUAGACACACACCUCCUCCACUUGAGAGCAGGGGUGAGGGCAAGAAGCCCCUCACCUGGGGCCUUUUGCUGUGCCUCGUAUGUAUGUCUGUGUUACUGGAAGAGUGAUUAAUAAAUCUUUCUUUAACUUAUUAAAAAAAAACAACCCCAAUGUAAAUCUUUAAAGUUCAGUCUUAUCAGUAAUAAAAGGGAACUUAAUUCUUAGAGGUACUUGAUACAGUUAUACAUUUUCCACUUACAAAAAGAAAAGACAAUUCUAUGUUAAAUGUUAAAUGAAACUUAUAUUGUAAAAUGUAUUUUUAUUUUAGCUGCAAGAUUAUUUUAUUUUAGCAAAUAGAACUCAAUGCAGUGCAUUGAUUAUUCCCAUGUCCCUUGUCCUGCCUUCUUUCUGUGAUGUCCUAGAAACGUUUACCACGAAUGCAGUAUUAUCUUGACAUACCUCUGUUGUUAGCAGUGCUUUGAAAUGAAAUUUCACC